AUGGAAGCAUUGGCGAAAUCUUCAACAGAUCCUAUGAUUAUUAGUUCACUUCUAAUGAAUAGUUCACAGAAAUGGAAUAUAUCCUCGGAAAUUUCUUCAAAGCAUUCAAGGAAGAUAUACAAUUUUAAAGAUAAUCCAUAUCGUCUUUUCCACGUAGACGAAGAUGAAACUAAAGAAAAAGAAGAAGAAGACAUUGGAGAAGAUGAUGAAGACAAAUCACUUAUGGAGAGUAUUUUCAUCAAUAAAAGCAGUAAAGAUGUACAAGAUGACGAUGAUGCCAUGAAUGAUUAUCAACAAGAAAUUCAAGCUAAAUUAAAAGAAAUAAAAGCCUACAAAUACUUGUUAAAACAAAGCAAUACUGAAUUAGAAAUGUUAAAGUCAAACAAACCAUUGAACAUUGAUCAAACCUUGUACAUUGACAAAGAAAAAUUAGCAGAAAAUGAAUUACUUAAAAUAAAUUAUCAUAAUGAAAUGCUACUACGUAAAAAAUAUCAUAAUCUUAUAGAGAAUAUGAAAGGAAAUAUCAGAAUCUAUUGUCGUUUACGUCCAGUGAAUUUAACCCCCGGUGAAAAGGAUACUACUACUGCCAGUGUAACUACAAUUCAAAAUGGGAAGUAUGAUACAAAAGUAUUAGCUUUAGAUCAGUAUACAGUAUUAAUAAAAUAUAAUCACACGAGUAGAAAUUAUAACUUUAAUCGUGUAUUUGAUCAGACGUCAACACAAGAUGAGAUUUUUGAAGAAAUCAAACCGCUAGUGCAGUCUUCAGUUGAUGGUUAUAAUGUAUGCAUUAUUGGUUAUGGUGAAACAGGCAGUGGUAAGACAACGACACUGUUUGGAGGUAAAGAUAACUUGGGAUUAUUACCCCAUGUUGGGGAUUAUUUGUUUGAAUUGGUGAAUAAACCAACAUUCACUGAAAAAUAUAAAUCGUCUAUUUCUUUGAUGCUUCUUCAACUGUACAAUGAUCGAUUGAUAGAUGUAUUCAAUAAAAAUGGGGAAAACAUUCAAGAAGAUCUGGAAAUCAUCAUGAACGAUAAUGGUAUUGUUGAUGUUCCUAAAGCUACAAGACUAAGUGUAAAUGAUGCCAGUAUGUUUCGUCAAAUCGUCGAACAAAUUAUACCAAUCAAUAAAACAUUUCCAAAAUCAAAAAUUCUCCACAGCUCAAAAUCUCAUCUCAUCCUGAGCAUAUUUUUGAAUAUUACCAAUAAAAUCAAUCAAGAAUCAUACUAUGGGAAAUUUUCAAUAAUUGAUUUAGCCGGGAGUGAACAACCAGUGAGGAGAGGAUUAACUGCAGAACAGUUAAAAGAGGUCAACUUUAUUUCCUCAACACUUUCAACUUUGGGUGAUGUUGUUUCAGCCUUGUUAACAUCACAAAACUACGUGCCUUAUCAGAAUAGUAAGUUAACACAACUUAUGCAAGAUUCACUUGGAGGGAAUUCAAAAUCUGCUAUGAUCAUAACAAUUAAUCCAACCAUAACAAGUAUGUCGGAGACAAUCAAUUCACUAAAUUAUGCAACACGUGUUAAGUUAGUUCAAAAUAAACCUCAAAGAAUCUCCUCCAUCAGUAGAGGUAUAAAGGCUACUAGAAGUUCAAUCAAUCUACAACCACCACCAACAGGAUCUAUUAAACGUAAAAUAACCAAUAAAUAAAACAUUAACGCGGUCAAUUUCUUUAUGUUAGACUCCUUACUACUUUUUCUGUUUAUUGAUUUAUUUAAACGGAAAGAUUUGAUUUAGCUUGCUUUUAUUUCUCAGUAAUCGUUCUAUUCAACGACAGAUGACAUUUUAUUCAGCUUUGAUGAAUACAUUGUGUUGUGUGAAGGAAGAAUUAGUGUUUUCAUAUUUGUAAUGUAAAAGUUAAAGUUUUGCAAGCCAACAGUGUAAUCUAUCUCUGUCUGUUUUCGACAUAAAACUUCGCACUGAUCUUGCAGAAGUUCAAGUUGCCACACUGCCUUCUCCAUGUAGCACACAAAGCAAGAGAAGAAAGUAAAAAGGAAUGCAUAACAGAGAUAGUAAACAGAUGUUUAAGACAAAGGAAUAGCAAUAACGAAGAACAACAUAGUUUAAAGCAUUUGUGUGGAUCAUUUCUUGGUGCCUAUAAAAUUCCACGUUUUUUACUAUAAGCUAUAGUUUCCAGUGGUAUAUAUUUCACAGGAAUUGAUGUGACUUAUGAAAAAAAAUGAAAAAAUUACCUGUCUUCGAUCAUAGGUGCCUGUGCUCUAUCUCCCGUGUUAGAUGGUGGUAUAAUAAGGUGAGCAAUAUUGAGG